GCAUUUUUGUGUCAUAAAUCUUACUAAAACCCUCAAACACCCUUUCUUCAAACUCCCUUUUCUUUAAUUAAAUGGCGAUGUCGGCGAUUAGAGCGGCGGCGACGGGGAGAAUGACGUCACAGGGAGGGCUUAGAGGGAUGCUUUAUUCAACUAUAUCAUCGGGGUUGCCAUUUGCUCCGCCCCAAGUUAAUCAAGCCAAUAAGGAGCCUCCUGCUGAUCCUUCCCCUAAUCUCUUUGUUUCAGGACUAAGCAAACGUACGACUACUGAAGGACUUCAUGCUGCCUUUGCGAAGUUUGGUGAAGUUGUUCAUGCCAGAGUAGUAACUGAUCGAAAUUCAGGAUUUUCAAAGGGAUUUGGUUUUGUAAGGUAUGCUAAUGUAGAAGAGGCUGAAGCGGGUAUAAAGGGCAUGGAUGGCCAGUUUCUUGAUGGUUGGGUUAUAUUUGCCGAAUAUGCCAGGCCAAGACCAGUCCCAGGCCAAGGCCAGUUUGGCAACACAUAUGGCCAACGCCAGUGAUUGAAUAUCAGGGAUUAAGCUUUACUUUGACCAAGUAUCACAUGUUAAUUAAAAGGCGUUUCUGUGAUAGUAAUCUAUCAUCAACUCUUGCUAAACCAUUAUUUUCUUAUCCUUACUUUCUCAUUUUCUUUCUAAAUAUUAGAAACAGAAGAGAGGAACCCAUUUAUGUCGCACCUUAAGUCGAAAUUUCAGUAUAUGUAUUGCAAUUAAUUGUUUCA